CAAACAGAACAAGUCAACUCCUUGGUGUUCUAGAAAGAAAUAGUAAAAUGUCUAGAUGUUAAAGUGUUUUAAACUCAGAAGCAAGUAGCCCCUGAAAAAUUAAAAAUCAGGGCAGUGGUUCUCAAACUCGGCCAAACAUCAGAGUCACCAGGGAGCUUUAAAAAAGCCACACUGUGCACGUCAUCCCCAAACCAAUUAAACUGAAGUUCCUGGGGGUGGUCCCCAGGUUAUUCCUCCAAGUCUGAGAACCACUAAUGUGUAGUGUGCUUGCACACAAGUGCUCCUCAACCCAAGCCAGACACCAGAAUCACCCGAGAAGCUUUUAAAGAUUACUGUCCUCCAACAAGUCAAAGACUGUGAUUUUUUUAAUGAAAAAACUUAAUUUUUUUUUAAAGCUCCCGGAGAAUUCUGUUAGUGGGUUGGGAAAAACUAGAUCACACCAUAAAGGUACCCACUUAGCUCUAUUUAAGCAACCACCACAGACCCGAAAGGUCUUCCAGUGGAACCGCUUCUAUGCCAGUGAAACACUGCACCUGUAUGGGGGAGGCAGUGUUUAACCUAAACAUUUAGGUUAAAAGCUGGGUUUUCAUAUUUUAAAUAUAGUGAUAUUAACUUUUUAUUUUAAUGUAUAAAUUUAUUUUAGCUUUGUUUGUUUUUUUAUCUAUAACUGAAUGAAAAGGGAAAAUAGAAUCUUACGUGUAAGAUGAUAAUUUGGAUAUGCUUUUGUGAUCAAGGAGAAAGUCCUAACACCUGCUUAUAUUUGACACCAUGUGAUAUAGGAACAGAGUUUGAGAAAGUUUGGCUCUAAUACAAAACUGAUGGUGGUCAUGGAAACGGUUCCCAACAAUUCUAGAACAGUUCUAGAACUGACCUAAAGGAAUCAUAGAGACACGGAAACUGACCAAUUCCGAAACGAGUUUCCCCUGACCUCUUAGGUCCUCACUCAUAAGUGUUUCUCAUGGGAAACAUAGUCAAGAGAGGCAGCAAGGAGCUGGUCACUGAUGGGGCCAAGUCACUGGAAGAGAGCUCAUGUGACACGCUCCAUGCCAAACUCUAUGAAGCCAUAAUGACAGAAGACUGCACUGCAAUCCAGGCCCUCCUACGAAGCCACCCCGUCAAUCAGCCCCUGACGGUUCUGGCCAACUCCACCAGCUGUGGAUUACUUCUGACCCAGACGCAGUCCAUCAUCCCCAUUCACCUGGCCGCCGAGCACCGCAAGGCACACAGCUUGCACUGUCUGUUAGAGCAUGGUGCUGACCCGGAAGUAAGGGACACAAGAGGCCUCACCACACUCCACCUGAUGCUGCUGCACUGGCCGAUCACCUCUACCGUGCAGACAAAGCCAGGAAACAGAAUCCAAAGGCUCCUGGCAGACAUUCAGAAUAAUGCCGUGACGUGCCUCCGCAUCCUGUGUGAGCAUGGAGCUCAGGUGAACGCUCGGGUGAACAACAGCCACAAGCAUUCCGCCCUCCACCUGGCCAUAAGGUACGGGACCUACCCGGUCCUCUCCAUUUUAGCCCAAAACGGUGCCCAGGUCAAUGCUAUAAAUGAAUCCAGCAUGACGCCCCUUCACAUGGCUGCAGACAUACUGAACAAGGAGAUGAUGGAAACACUCAUUGCCUGUGGAGCAAACGUCAACUACGCUGUCCCUUUCACGGGGAACACGGCCCUGAAGCUGGCAGUGUGCGCCGCCUCCAGCAAGGCGGGCCGAGUGCUGGCAGUGGGGCUGAGCUGCAUCCGUCUGCUGCUGAUUCAUGGAGCCGAAGUCAAUACCCAAGACCACAAGGGCCAAACAGCUAUCCACGAGGCAUGUUUCGCAGGCAGAGAGACAGUAAUUGAUCUCCUGCUUGAAUUUGAAGCCAACAUUAACAUCUUAACAAGAAAUGGGGAAUCUCCCAUACACAUGUACCUCCAGCGCAGUUCCAAUAUAAGAGACACGGCACUUCUUGCGAAGUUGCUUUACCGCUCUUACCCUUUGAGACUGACCAACAACCAAGGAAAUCUACCUGCAGGACUCACGCUAUCAGAAUUCCACCUCUUAAGGGAAUCCCUAAUAAAGUUAUCUCAAAAACCCUUAUCCCUAGAGGAUAUCUGUAAAAGAAACAUCAGAAAUAUUUAUGGUGAGAGGUACAAACAGCACGUGAAGCAGCUUCUCCCGGAGAAAGUAUGGAGUUCUGUGUACGGGUAUUACGACCUGGCUUGCCUUCUGAAAUAAGACCUCACAGUAUCACAGUGCCAGGGUUCCAGUAACUCCAAUCACGUUUUCUGGCUAGACACUUACCCAGAAAAUACUUAACCCAUUGCCUCAUCCAUCCCAAUCGUACAAACGACUGGUUGUUAAACUUCUUCAAAAAAUAAAAUGAUUUGCAUAUUA